CGAGAAGCCAAAUCGAACGAGAAAAAUAAAGUUAGUGCAGGAUGAACAGUAAAGCCAAACUGAGUCUGAGAAUUGAGAAGAGUCGUCGUCCCAUCUCGGAGAUCGCACAAGAGCUGAGACGUCUGAAGGCGUCGCCCUUGCGCAUUGAUGACGAGAAGGAGUUGCCAAAGCCAUCAGUGAGCGACAGGCCAGUGAAGAGACUGGACCAGCUGGAGCCGCUGAGACUGACCCGGCACCGCAUCACCCAGCUGCUGGUGCGUCCGGCCUUUGAGCAGGCGGUGACCAGCUGCUUUGUGCGCGUCAACGUCAACGGGCAGGGCGAGCAGCCAGAGUACCGCAUAGCUGAGAUCGUGGGCGUCGAGGAGCUGGGGCUUGGCUACUUUGUUGAUGGGAUACCCACCAAUAUCACGCUGCGACUGCGGUACAAUUCUGUGGCUAUGCUCCACGAGCUGAAUGACAUUUCCAACAUGGCCUUCAGCCUCCCGGAGUUCCAGCUGUGGUACGACUGUUGCGUCAACCAGGGAAUCAGUCCACCCACCAACAGCCUCAUUGCACGCAAGAAAAUCGAGUUAUAUAAUGCCCUCCAAAGCGAAGCCAAGGCCCUGGCCGUCAUCAAGCAAACCUGCACUCUGAACAUGCGACCCGCUCACCGGGGUGGCAUCCUCGAGCGUCACGGCGCCACCUAUCCCUGGCGCUUGCAACAUCCAAGAGAGGCAACACUUUCCACUCCCAAGCCGCCGUCGAAUCAGGAUGAGGAACUAAACCUGGAGUCGGAGUCGGAUGAGUCUGCUUAGCCUGGCUUGGAAAGACCUUAAGAGACUCUGAUGCAAACUCGACUCUACAGUAGACAUAUCCCAACCGCACCUACUGUUCAAAUUUGCCUUAUCUUUAUUAGUUUAUAAAUUAACAAAUAUUUCGGCAUCGUUUCGAAAAAAAUCA